UGCAAGGAAGCGGAGUGAGAGGACAGAAAGAUGGACAUGGAUUGCGGAAGUUUGGGGGAAGGAGGGGCUGAUCUCUCUCUCUCUCUACUGUAGGGGUCCAGGGGAAUUCCCCAGGAAGCCUCAGAACUUGGGGACCCCCUCUUCUCUCCCCCAAGCAAUGACAGAUUAAGCACAGAUCUCAUUUGUUCCCAGCGGGCAGGGACCCAGGGUGCAAUGUACAUGCACAGAUCCAUCUGUAGGGCCCCACUGCUUGAGAGGAGUGGGGCGAGGAGGCAUAGGAACCGUGAGCUCAGGGUGCCCUCCCUGUUGUUGCUUGGGUUUAGAUUUCCAGCACCUCCCUGUGGUGUACAUCCAGACAGCCCAGAAUGCAUUACAUAGCGGCAUGCUAAAUUCAGACACAAGCAUGGAGCAUCCGGUGGAUAGCACAUGUGACAGGCCAAGCACACAUGCAGUUGGGGGCAUCAGAGAAUCACACACAGCCACUUCCAUCCCCCUUAUCUGAAGGGAGAAAAGACCACCCCCUUCUCUUUGGGCCCUAGCUUAGAGAUCUCAUGAGCCACCACUGCCCAGACAACCCUUGGAGGCUCCUUUUCUCUCCUCCCCCGCACCCAACCUGGUGCUGCCAAUAGACCCAUCACGCAGCCUCACUGAGCUCUGGGGUUUGACACUUUGCAGCCGUCCCACAUUUGUCAGAGCACAUUUGACCAAAGUGUCAUAUCUACAGGAAGAAACAUUAGCCAGGCAGAGGGGGAGCCAUCCUCUUACUCCCACUCUUGUGCUUUCACUUUGAUAGAAAUGGACAGCUUACUGCGAGGUAUGUGGCGAAUGGGCUGGGGAGUCACCCAGUGGCAGUGGCUGGCCCUUUAGAAGCAGAGAUGGGAAUAUGGGCUGGGAGCAGAGCCCCUAGGGUAGUGACUUGGGUUCAACUGAGGUACUGCCUAGAGGGUCCCAGUCAAGGCUGGGCCCCUGUUGUGCUGGCUGGGUGCUGCCCGGACAUAGGUUAGAAGACACACCCUGGGCUGAGGAGCAAUGCCUAGUUGAUGGAGAAGCUGGGUGUUAUUUCAGCAAGGAUGAAGGUGGCUGGACUGUCUGUGGGGCCAUAGGAAUAGAGUGCAAGGGACCUGGUCCUCCCUUGGUAUUUAUCUUCCUUUCCUUUGUCACUGGGCUCUCCCUGGAAGACACGCUGAGGAGCUGUCCUGCCUGCAGGUGGAUGCUAGCCAUUGCUCGGGUGCUACGUGGCAAGCGGCAGCCCAGCGAGUGUGGUGCAGAGGAAGAAGAGGAGGAGGAGAACAACAUGGCCUCCACUAUCCUGGAAAGCAUCUUCCUGAAGCGCUCGCAGCAGAAGAAAAAAACUUCUCCUCUCAACUUCAAGAAGCGUCUCUUCCUCCUGACGGAAAGCAAGCUCUCCUACUAUGAGUAUGACUUUGAGCGUGGGCGACGAGGCAGUAAGAAGGGGUCUGUGGACAUUGAGAAAAUCACCUGUGUGGAGACAGUGGUUCCAGAGAAUAAUCCUCCCCUGGAGCGGCAGGUGCCGAGAAAGGGGGAGGAUUACAAUGAGAUGGAGCAGAUCUCGAUCAUAGAGCGGUUCCCGUACCCUUUCCAGGUGGUGUAUGAUGAAGGACCCCUCUACGUCUUCUCUCCGACAGAGGAGUUACGCAAACGCUGGAUCCACCAGCUGAAAAACGUGAUCCGUUACAACAAUGACCUGGUGCAGAAAUACCACCCCUGCUUCUGGAUUGAUGGCCAGUACCUAUGCUGCUCUCAGACAGCCAAAAACGCAAUGGGUUGCCAGGUCCUGGAGAGCAGGAAUGGAAGUUUAAAGACCGGGUCUCAUCGCAAGACAAAGAAGCCUCUUCCCCGGACCCCUGACGAGGAUCAGAUGAUGCUGAAGCCGUUGCCUCCCGAGCCGUCUUCCAGCGCCGCGAGUGAGCUGAAGAAGGUGGUGGCACUGUACGACUACCAGCCGAUGAAUGCCCAGGACUUGCAGCUGCAGAAGGGAGAGGAGUAUUUCGUCCUGGAGGAGAGCAACCUGCCCUGGUGGAGAGCCCGGGACAAGAAUGGGAGGCAAGGUUACAUUCCCAAUAAUUACGUCACUGAAGCCAAGAAUUCCCUGGAGAUUUUUGAGUGGUAUUCAAAAAACAUAACCCGGAGCCAAGCUGAGCAACUGUUGAAGCAAGAGGGGAAAGAAGGAGGCUACAUUGUCCGAGAUUCCACCAGCAAGACAGGAAAAUACACAGUCUCUGUGUUUGCCAAGUCCUCCGGGGACCUGCAAGGAGUCAUCCGCCAUUACGUGGUGUGCUCCACACCUCAGAAUCAGUAUUACCUGGCAGAAAAGCAUCUUUUCAACACCAUCCCGGAGCUCAUCACGUACCAUCAGCACAACUCUGCAGGGCUCAUCUCCAGACUGAAAUACCCUGUGUCUCAACAACAAAAGAAUGCCCCCUCCACAGCAGGACUGGGCUAUGGGUCGUGGGAGAUUGACCCAAAAGACCUGACUUUCCUGAAGGAGCUGGGUACUGGGCAGUUUGGAGUGGUGAAGCAUGGGAAAUGGAGAGGCCAGUUUGAUGUGGCCAUCAAGAUGAUCAGAGAGGGCUCCAUGUCAGAGGAUGAGUUCAUUGAGGAAGCCAAAGUCAUGAUGAACUUGUCACACGAGAAGCUGGUACAACUGUAUGGUGUCUGCACCAAGCAGCGCCCCAUCUUUAUUAUCACUGAGUACAUGGCCAAGGGCUGCCUCCUGAGCUACCUGCGGGAAACCCGGGGGCGGUUCCAGCCUUCUGAGCUGCUGGAGAUGUGCAAGGACGUCUGUGAGGCCAUGGAGUACCUGGAAUCCAAGCAGUUCCUGCACCGAGACCUGGCUGCUCGCAACUGUUUGGUGAAUGACCAAGGAAUUGUGAAAGUCUCCGAUUUUGGCCUUUCCAGGUAUGUCCUAGAUGAUGAAUAUACAAGCUCCAUGGGGUCCAAAUUUCCAGUCCGGUGGUCUCCCCCAGAGGUCCUUCUGUACAGCAAGUUCAGCAGCAAGUCUGACGUCUGGGCUUUUGGGGUUCUGAUGUGGGAGGUUUACUCUCUGGGAAAGAUGCCCUAUGAGAGGUUUAACAACAGUGAGACAACAGAACACGUCACCCAAGGACUGCGUCUCUAUCGGCCUCAGCUGGCCUCAGAAAGAGUCUAUGCCAUCAUGUACAGCUGCUGGCAUGAGAAAGCAGAUGAGCGACCAACCUUCAGAGUCCUUUUGGGAAAUAUCCUCGAGAUAACAGAUGAUGAACCCUGAACUGCUACUUGAACCAAGCUGUCAUUUAUUAGUGUUUAUUUUUGCCAUUUUAUCUUUUCUGUGACUAACAAACCUGCCCUAACAGGCACCGGAAAAGUCCUGAAAGAGCCCGCCAUACCCAGAAAGGCAGAAAAUAUCUGGAUCCAUCAAACAGCAUCGGACCCUAGCUUCUCCCACAAUCCAACAACUCACUUGUGUUGGAGCCCUCCUGGUACUAAAAAGAAUAGCAAUUGCUAUCGUUACAGAUCAGGAACCGCCCUGGAGAAAGGAUCCUUGAAAGCAGCACUUCACUGCUGCACUGGGCUCUUGCUACAGCCGAGACUGAAGGGAUUAUAAAUGGCAAUAGCCAGGUACUAAUGGCCCGUGCAGGAACUACGAACAGAGAUUGAUCAAAGAAACUAGGGAUUUUUGUAAAAUAAAACGGUACAAAGUGAGAGGAAUUGGGUCACUGAGAUCCAA